AUGCUCACAACAACCUCUGCCUCCCAACCCCCCUCACCUUCUUCCACACUCUCCCUCUGCCAGGUGUGCCAGGAGACCCAUGGCACUGUCACGGGCGGUAGCACAGGCAGCAGCGACGGCAGUGGUGGCGGCGGCAGCUUGGGGUAUGCAGGCAUGGGUGAGCGCAGCAUUGCUGUGGAGUUUGACACAGCUAAGAACACUGACGCCAAUGAUCCAGACAGCAACCACGUGGGCCUCCGUGUGAGCGGGAAAACCACCUCCAUUGCAACAGCCAAGGCACCCGUGACUCUCAACGACGGCAAGCCAAAGCAUGCCUGGGUCAUCUUCGACCCCACUCGUUCCUCCUCUUCGUCCUCCUCCUCUGGUUCCCCCCAUGGUACUGGAUUGCUGCAAGUGUUUCUCUCCGCCAGCGCGUCUCCCCGGCCGAGCAAGGCAACGCUGUCAGUGCAGGUGUCGCUGUGCCGCUACCUGAAGCCCAGCAAGCAGGAGGCGUCGUUUCUCGUGGGCUUCACUGCCUCGUCCUCGGACUCUCCGCAGCAGCACUCCAUCCUCACAUGGAACAUCAACGCAGGCGACUGCUGGGCAUAUGCCGUGGUGGGAAGCGUGGAAAUGGCUUACGGCAUUCUCACCAACCUCGCCCAAGUGCCACUCCUCUCCGUCACCCAGCUGCGUGAAGCCCUCGGCUCCUCAUGCUCGCAGGGCAACUCCCCCGCCCAAGCCUUCCAGUAUCUCAUCACACUCAACGCCAAGGCCAGUGUUGGGCUGGUGGAAGAAGGGAAGGCCGGGGCGGUGGUGACAAAAGCAUCGGGGGGUCCGUACAGGGUGAACGGGUUUGAGCGCACGGCAUUCCACGGCUGGUUUGGGCUGCUGCUGGCCGUGCAGCGCCAGCCUGUGGUGGUGCACGUGCAGGCCACCGCUCCCUCCUUCCUCAACCAUGAUGGGCUAUCCAAGUACGCGGACCCAGAUUGCUUCACGUACAACCUGAACCACGUGGUGCUGCUGGUGGGCUACCGCCUCACUGGCUCCGACCCCACGUUCCCACACAUGGCGCCGCCCUUCUGGAUCAUCCGCAACUCAUGGGGCCCGCAGUGGGGCGACGGCGGGCACAUGCGGAUGGACAUCCAGGGGGGUGACGGCGUGUGUGGGAUCAACACCCUACCUGGGAUCUACCCAGUGGUGCGCACUGCUGCUGACCCGUGCAACGUGGACGGGAAGAGCAGUGAGGCGUUUGGGCCGUUGUUCAACCCGUGUGGCAGCUUCAAGUGCACUGUUGAGCCCGAUGGGAGCAGCAACCGCUGCGAUUGCAACGACCCGCGAUACGUGGAGGCUCGCAAUCUUGAUGGCUCACGCACAUGUGCUUACAGUGAGCUCUCUAUGAUGAAGGACGCGUGCAGGGCAGCGGUGCGCAAUCCAUGUGCAGUGGGCACGUGUGUGAAUGAUGGCAAGGGGUCGUACUCGUGUGUGUGCCCUCCAGGCUUCAGGCAGGGCACCACCGUCGAUGGCACUUUCUCCUGUGCUCCUGGUGACACCAGCAGCAAGUACAGGGUGGUGAUGGAGGGGCUCAUGUGUGCAGACAUCCACCCUGUGUACGGGCUCACCCUUACUCAGCUCCAAGACCAGAAUCCGUCCCCCCUCCUUCCCACACCCUUCCUCUCCGCUCCUUCCCUCCAGGGUCUGAGCUGCAGCGCUCCUCUUGCGGUCGGCACGGUGGUGAACGUGGUCCAGCCACCCAGCCUCACGCCCUGCUCCGUCUACUACACCACCUCCGAGUGUGUUCCUCCAUCCCUUCCUCUGCUCCCUGCUCGCCCUUCCCUCUGUUCCCCACCCUCUCGUCGCCACUCAUCCUUCCCUCUCCUGCCCCGUUCUCACCCUCCCCCCUCCCCCUUCUCGCUCCCAUCCCCCCAGGGUGACACAUGUGAAUCGCUAGCCACCUACUUCUCCCUCACCACCGGCUGCCCUACUCCCACCGCGCGCUGCGCAGCAGCUUUCCAGGCUCUCAACCCCGGACUCGACUGCUCCGGCGGCGCCAGCAGCAGCGGGCAGCUGCCGCCCAGCCAGGCGGUGUGUGUGGAGCGGCGGGCGGAGAGCGCAGCGGCGCUGCUCAUCCCGGUGUGCUCGCAGUUCUAUCUGGUGCAGGCGGGGGAGACGUGCGAGCAGAUUCGCUCUGCGCCCUCCCCGCCGCUCUCCCCAAUUGAGUUCUUCCGCCUGAAUCCCGGCAUCAAGUGCAGCCGCCUCGUGCCCAAGACUGACGUCGGCAGCCUCACAGGCUUCGAGGUGUGCUCUCUUUCUCUUUCCAGACUCUUGGUUGGAGAGACACAACUAUACAGAAAAGAAAGGGGUGCUGACAUCUAG